AUGGCUAAGCCCAGUUUUGAUGUCAAGACGGCCAUCGCCUUGUUGCCCGUCAUGACGGGGCAGGAGGAUACCACUAAACAAUUAAUAGACGGUAUCCUAAUGUACAGUUCCAUUAUUAAUAGCGAAACUCAACAGGUUUUAAUAGACUUCGUCCUAAAAACAAGACUUUCAUCUAGCGCUAAGCUCAGAUUAAAGACGUCAUAUAGUAGCGUAGAAUUACUUGUCACGGAUAUGCGCACAUUUUUACUACCUAAAAAAUCGUCCGAAUCGAUUCAGGCUCAACUAUACAGAGCUAGGCAAGGUAGGAGAACUAUAGAGGCAUUCGGAGCCGAGAUCGAGGAUCUUUUCGUCAACCUGACCAUAUCUCAGGCCGACGGUAACGAUAGCAGGUACGAUAUACUUCGUCCGCUGAACGAGAAAUCAGCCAUUAAACGGUUUGCAGACGGUCUAGCAGACCCAAAAUUAAGCACAAUAAUAUCAUCUAGGCAAUUUACGUCAUUGCCCGAAGCAAUCAGGACGGCCAUUGACGAGCACAGCUCAUCACCACAACAGGAUCAUGUCCUACAUUAUGGACGGGGUCCUCGCGACAAGCUUACCACAACAAACUUGCUGGAGCACAAAAUUAACUUAAAAGAAAAUGCAAGCCCAGUAUACGUAAAACCUUACAGGAUACCACAUGCCUUACGCAAAGAAAUUCAAACGCAGAUCCAAGAUAUGCUAGAUAACGACAUAAUAGAAGAGACUACUUCCGAGUGGUCCAGCCCAGUUUUGCUUGUUCCUAAAAAGAGUGAUAAGUUAGGAGAAAAGAAAUGGAGAUUGGUUGUCGACUACAGGUUAUUACCAACUAGCUUUAGACAAGGAAUCCCGGAAAUACACCGCGUUUACUACCGAUAA